ACAUAGCACUUGCAAAGCAACGCAACGACUCGGUUUGUUUGCUUUGGGUAUUGUCAGUUGUUGUUUUGGUUUUUGUCUCGAUGCUUCUGAACGACACUUAGUCUCAGUUCUUUCCGCGCGCAUAAUUUUUUUUCUUCUAUUUUUCGGUUGAGUUUUUUUCUCCCCGAUUGUACACACGGUACGACGAGCGGAAAAUCAUCGGUUCAAGUUGAUUUUGGAUUUGUUGUGUGUACUUUUAAGUGGUGUGUAUCAAAAAUGUUAUUUCAUUUAUUGUGACAAAAUCAGUUUUUGUUCAGUGCAGUGACAAGGAUUUUUCAAAAGUGAGAAGAGAAAAAAAAAAUUUCAAGGGAAAUCUACUGACAUUUGAACUGUCACACUGCUUACAUGUAAAUUGAGUUUGCAUGCAAACGCAUGCAUUACAUUUGGAAAUGUUCAAUCUAAAUUCGGCUGAUUUAAUCGAAUCAACGAGAGCCCGUCUCGUAAAUCACAUUGAGAAUGCUGACAGCCCGAGACAGACAUUUAGUGCGGGUGCAUUACAACAGAAUAUACACAGUGGCCAUUGAACAAGUGAUUUGAGAUGACGGCUUGUUGUUUAUGACCAUAAACAAGGAUCGCAGUUUUGUUUUUUAGCCACUAGCUAAGGUAAACAAAAUACCGAAACCGGGCAAAAGGCGACAGAGGAGAAAGCUACAAACGAAUAAAUUCAACUAGAGUAAAAGAAAAACACACGACGAAUAAUAUUGAAAGAAAAAAAGAGUGAAGUAGAAAAAAAAAACAAUUCAAAAAAGGAAUUUUUAUGAUUUCAAACAAGAAGUGAAAACGAAUGCAAGAAAGGAACACACGACGACGACGACAGAAGCAAAGAAGAAGAAAACACACGCGACAACAAAAAAAAAUCAGAGAAACGAGUUUGGCGCGACGCCUGCAACGACUUGAAAAGGAGUGAAACGCGCGGCGAUCAGCCGCAACAAGCCUCUCAAACCAAACGCAAAAGUGUCGUACACAUAAACAAAUCAGCAAACCUAUUGACAACACGUAUAUUUGUGCAUCGGAUUAGCGAAGUCAAGUGCAACGCGUACUAAGCGAUCCGAGCUAAUUACUUGUGAUAUAUUUGAAUAGAGAGAAAAAGAGAAAUACAUUGGAUUCGAUGGAAUUGAGCAUUAUUUAAGCAAUAUCAAAAAAGAAUCGAAACUCAACAAGACAAUUACAAUUAAUUUUUGAAUAGUUUUUCAAAUUGAAAGAAGAAUAAAAAGUAGAAACCACAUUUAGAUCAUCAAUACAAGCCGACCAAAUCAAACACGCGAAUGUUUUGCUCAGCGAACGAUGUUUUAGUGAGUCUCACCGAAAAAACGAAAGUGCUAGCGCAGAAAUGCACACAACAGCUUCGCACAGCCAAUAGCAAUCAAAAUACGGCAAAGAGCCGAUUUUAUCAUAUCAGUGCAACGGCGACAAAUGGUGGCGUCGGCUGUGGCCACGAUGCAGCUGUUCCACUUAAUCGCCUUAAAUCCAUCAGUAAGUCGAAUAAUGACAUGCACCUGUGCGACAAGGACAAGCAAUACGAUGAAUUGUACAAAUCCAUAACACCGCGCAAAAUCAAUGCGAAUGCAUUGCGUGGCAAAAAUUUGGCAACAUGCUUUCACACAUUGACCGGCUCAUUGAAGUUGCGACGUCGCAAAAGUUUACCCGACACCGAACAUCUAUCAAUCGCCACUUGUGGCCGCCAUCGACGCAAAUCAAGCGCUACCAAUAACAUUGGAUAUGCAACCACAACACGGUGGUAUGUCAAGCAGCCUACUUGGCGACUAUGGGGUGAGGAGCGCGAAAAAGACGUAAUAUUUACUGUGUAUUUAAAGAAGGUGCGAUAUCAUCGACCGACGCCCAGUGCAAGUAGCGAUUCCGACGAUGAAAUUUCACAUUUGGAAUGGGAAACGGUGCGGGUGCGUUUUGUGAAGGCGGCAACAUUGACACGUUUGGUUGAGGCAUUGUCAACGGAUGACGGUGAAUUGGAGAGUACAUUUGUGAAUGUAUUUUUGGCCACAUAUCGAACAUUUGCACGCACCGAACAAGUCAUCGAAUUGCUGUUGCAACGUUAUGAACGUUUGCAUGCCGAACCACUUGGUGCCGAAUCGUUUGCCGAACAGCAUAAAAAGAGUUUAGUGGCUGCGCUACAUGUAUGGCUCGAUGGCUAUCCCGAAGAUUGGAAUGUGAGCAAUUUGAAAAAGAUUAUCGCAUUCACAUCGAAACGGUUGUCCAGUUCGGAGGUGCAUCACAAAGCGUUAAAUCGUUUGGAACGAUUGGCACGUGCUCGUGUUGCCGUGCCGUCAGCCACACCAUGGGAUCAUGAUUAUAGCACCGAUUUUGCACAACAAUUCAACGGUUUAUGCCUUACACCGGCAUUUAUGCCACCAUCCCAUCUACUGCAAGCAUACCGAUUUCCACACAUUUCCGUUAAACACUUUGCCGAGCAAUUGACUCGCAUGGACAUGGAGCUGUUCAAGCGGCUGAUACCGCAUCAGUGUUUGGGCGCAACAUGGUCACGACGUGAUAAAAACGAAGCCAACACCGUUUUGGCAACAGUCACACAAUUCAAUGCAGUUUCAUUUCGUGUCAUUUCUAGCAUUUUAAUUGAACCAAAGCUACGGCCACAAGAAAGAGCCAUCAUUAUUUCGACGUGGAUUGACAUUGCUCAGGAGUUGAGAAUAUUGAAAAAUUUCUCAUCGCUGAAGGCGAUCAUAUCGGGUUUGCAAUCGAAUGCAAUCUAUCGACUGUCAAAAACAUGGGCGGCAUUGCCACGCGAAAAACUCGAAAUAUUCAAUGAACUGGCGCGCAUUUUCUCCGAAGACAACAAUGCAUGGGCACAACGUGAGGUGUUAAUGCGCGAGGGAACGGCCAAAUUUGCUGACACAACUGGUGAAAAUGAUCGACAUUUACAAAAAGUCUUUCAAAAACAGGAUACGCACAUUAGUCAUGGCACGAUACCAUAUUUAGGAACAUUUCUAACCGAUUUAACAAUGAUACACGCAGCAAUACCCGACACAAUUGGACCAAAUAAUUUGAUAAAUUUUGAUAAGAAACGCAAAGAAUUUGAAGUAUUAGCCCAAAUUAAAUUGCUACAGGGCGCUGCCAAUGCAUAUCAUUUGCCCGAAGAUUUACUGUUCGAUCGCUGGUUUGCCAGUUUGCUUGUGCUGGACGAAAGGGAGGCACACACAUUGUCAUGUCAAUUAGAACCACCGCCACCGUCAUCCGACAAUAAACGAUCACAAAUUAGCGGUAGCGGUCACAAGAAGAGCGAUUCCAUUGCAUCGAAUUCAAGUAGUGGAGCCGGAUCGCAGUUUUACUGCGAAAUCGGACAAUCGAAUGAUCUCAGUUUUUCUCGGCAUAAUUCGUUGGGUCGUGACAUGACGCCACCAAAUGCAUCGAUAAUGUCAGCCACAAGCAGUGUAUCAUCACUAUCGAUGGAUUCGUCUUCGAGUGGACAGAAUAAAGCGAUGUCCACGAGCACAUAUCAAUUGCCAAAUAAUCAUUCGUCAAAUGCCAACAACACUACCUCACGCGAGCAAAUCGAUUCGCGACAACCACCACCCCCAUCAGCGCAUGCACGUGGCGACCAUUAUCAAGCGCUAGGCAAAUCGAUUCAAGCGAAUGCCAUCUACAAUACGCCGGCAUCGUUAAAUAAUAGCACCAGUUCGAAUAGUAGUGGCCAUUAUAAUCAACCGAUGCCACCGCAUCAGCAAAAUUCACCGCAUAAAAAUCCAUCGCCCGAUUUUUAUAUCAUUCGUGUCACCUAUGAAACGGACAAUGUUGAAUUGGAUGGCAUUGUGCUGUACAAGUCAAUAAUGCUGGGUAAUAAUGAGCGAACGCCGCACGUGAUAAAAAAUUCGAUGCUCAAACUGGGGCUGGACGGUGAUCCGGACAGAUAUACAUUAGCUCAAGUACUGCCCGACAAAGAGUUAAUCAUGCCGCCAAAUGCAAAUGUCUAUUAUGCCGUCAACACUGCAUACAAUUUGAAUUUUAUACUACGACCGAAACGAAAUACUGGCAUUUAAAUGAGAAAUUUACUUUGACUGGGUUAUUUUAUUUUUGGAUUCGACGAAUUGCACUUCAGACAAACAGAGAGUGAGAAUUAAAUCAUCUGCAUUUAAAUGACACAAACACUUCGGAACACAAUCGAAACCGAUAGAAUAAAGCGAGAAAUAGAAUGCAUACUGUAUUAGCAUAUUGACACAUUCAUCAUAGAUCAAAACAGACGAAGAAAAAAAAACAAACAAACAUAACCAAUGGCAAUAUCAAAAUAGCUGAUGAGAAAAUACACAUUCAAUUGUCCAAAAUUUCUAUUUUCUAUACAAUUUGCACGACUUUUCACCAAUAUACAAAAUUUGUAAUACAAUUUUGUUUUGUAACAACACAAAUGAAUACUGACAAAAAUUCGUAUUUUCAGAAUGAAAAAAAUGAACGAGUUUUUUCCUGGCAGCAUAAAGAAAAAUGGAAAAUGGAAAAAUAUAACAAUAAAAGAAUGCAAAUUUGUAAUUUAUUUAUACAAAAAAAAAAACAUAAACAACAAAAGAAUUGUAGGAUUAUGUAUAUAGUUUUUCCCUUGUGAGAGAAACGUAAGGAAUUUUUCUUUUUUUUUACUUGUGAAAAGCAAAAAAGCACUUUAUUCUAUUUAUGAUAUUGUAGAUUCAUCAGCGAAACAUGUAUUUAAAAUAAAAUGUAAAAACAACAAAAACGUGAUAGAGAUGUGGAAUUUAGACGGAACGUUUAAUGUUCAAAAUAGUACAGUCGUAUUUAAACAAAAUAAAAAAACAAACCGAAAUAGAGAGAAAAAA